AUGCGGUACAGUUCGCGUCAGGGCGGCGAGCCGCGGCCGCGCGACCUUCCGUGCCGAUCCUCGCAGACCAACAACGAUCUCAGAUGCAUCGACAUCUCGGCGACGUCGAACCUGUGCCCGAAAUGCGCCACCAAGUUCGACCAUCUACACGAGCUACGCGCGCACAUGCUGACCAGCUGCGGCUUCGUACCGAAGAAGAUGUGCCCGUACUGCGACACCUCGGCGAACAGCGCCGAGGAGAUCCACCGACACAUCAGGGCCCGGCACCCGAGCCUGCGCGCCGCUGUCCUCGAAGUCUACAACAUGGUCGGUUCGCGUCAGGGCGGCGAGCCGCGGCCGCGCGACCUUCCGUGCCGAUCCUCGCAGACCAACAACGAUCUCAGAUGCAUCGACAUCUCGGCGACGUCGAACCUGUGCCCGAAAUGCGCCACCAAGUUCGACCAUCUACACGAGCUACGCGCGCACAUGCUGACCAGCUGCGGCUUCGUACCGAAGAAGAUGUGCCCGUACUGCGACACCUCGGCGAACAGCGCCGAGGAGAUCCACCGACACAUCAGGGCCCGGCACCCGAGCCUGCGCGCCGCUGUCCUCGAAGUCUACAACAUGGUCGAUUUGAAUAUGUUGGACUCGUACAUGGGCCUGGCCUUGCCCGGCGAGCAGGUGGAGAAGUUCGACGCGUCCGGCAAGAGGAAGAAGAUCUUUUACUGCACGAAAUGCUUGAAAGGGUUCACUUUGAAAUGGAACCGCGACCGGCAUUACAAGAACGAGUGCGGCCACCAGCCGAGAUACAAGUGUCCUUAUUGCGAGAAGCUGAGCAAACGGUCCUCCGAGGUCUACAGACACGUCAGGAGCAAGCAUCCGAGGGAGGGAGUCUGCGCGGUCACGCUGAGAGACUGA